GCGUUUAUGGAAUUGAAUUUUUAAUAUCAGCUCAAAAGAACUCCAGUCCGGUGGCUUAAGCGGAUCAAUCCAUCGCACAGCCCAAAUGAAAUUGCUAGCCUGUGCUCUAUUUAUUGUGGCAUGGACCACAUCCUGCCAUGCCCUGAUAGUCCCUGAAGACUGCAAUGAUACAAGAAUAGAGAAGGAUGCAGAGGUGGCCCUGAAUUUAAUCAAUCAAUAUCGCAAAGAAGGCUACGUUUUUGCCCUGUUCCGGGUUGCUGAUGCUCAUUACCAACACCUGAAUAACGCAUCCAUAGCAUACCUAACUUUGGAUGUCUUGGAAACGCCAUGUCCUGUAAUAUCCAGACAACAUUGGUCAUCCUGUGAGCAGCGACCAUUCUUAAGUAUAACGGAUUUGGGACAAUGUAAGGCUGUUCUGUAUAUAAAUGAACUUUCCCAAAGAAAACUGCUGUAUGCGUACAACUGCACUGUCAGUCCAGUUCCACCAAAAAUAUAUGAAUGCAAGCGUUGCCCUGUAAGAGUAACAGUUCUAGAGGACACUGAGAAGCACACCGAAGAAGCCAACAAGAUUUUAGAGAAAUACAGGCUGGAGAGCAAUGAGUCAAAUUAUUUCAAGGUGGAGAAAGUCCAGAAGGUUUUCAGCGCAGUGGCCGACCGUACGGGAUUCAUUGUUGAAUUCACCAUAAAAGAGACAAGAUGCCCAAGAAACACCGACACAACAAGUGUUUCCCAAUGUGAAUUCCUGCCUGAUGGAAAAGCUAAUCUGGGAUUUUGCGUAGGACGAAUAGUUAAAGAGUCAGGAGCCCCAGAUGUGGUUGUAGUAGACUCCUGUGCAAUCUAUGAUACUCAGAAUCUCAGCCGCUUCCAUCAUCAUCACCACCAUCCCCAUCACCACUUCCACCAUGAUUCAGGAGAAGGCCGUCAUCAUUGCAAUGUCACCGGGCAGGAAUGCAGACAUCAUAAACAUCCUCAUUCCCACCACCACCAUCAUCAUCGCCCUCAUCAUCAUCAUCAUCACCCUCAUCGUCAUCAUCAUCAUCACCACAAUCAUUCUCACCAUCAUGGACACCCCCACGAAUAUAGAGACACACAAAUUCUUGGCCAUUAUCAAGUAAGUCCUGCAAGUCCCAGGGGCAACCAUAAGUCUGAACAGACCCAAGAGGAACAUCCUGGCAUUCCCCCUCCUCCAGGACCUCAGUACCCUUCUCCUCCUCCUGGGGGUCCCCAUCAUUUUCCUCCUAGUAAAUAUCCACAACCGCCUCCUUGGCCUCCAUUUCCCGGACCUUUUCCUCAUAGACCAGAUGAUUACCACCGACGGCCCCAUAGGAGGUUUCCUAAAUUUGAUCGUCGCUGCCGCCACCAUCAUCACAGGUCUAAUGACACUGCGUGUAAAAGGGAAGAAAGCGGAUCCUCAGAAGACCAAGAUUCAUUCACCACCCAUCAUUCUUUCCAUCGUAGCAGGGUGGACUUUGUCCAUCGCGUUCCGAUUCUGAGUGAGCAUGAUGUCCUCCAAGCUCCUGGUGCCAACUUUCGUGACCAUCCCUUGCCUGACCAAGGAAGACAUGGAAAACUCAUAAUACAACAUUUCCCGGAGGUUUCCUCAGGAUCAAAGUCAUGCCCAGGGAAGCCCAAAUAUGACCUCUUGCCAAGCUUUUUGUCUUUGUUUCCUACACCAUCAGCACAUUAAAAAGCACGUUAAAAAGCUUUUCAUGGAAAAAAUAAUUAAUAUCUGCAUUUAUGUGUUGAUUUUAGUUUAAGUUCCCCAUAAAUUGUAACCAAGAAUAUUGUAUAAAUAUUCUUAUAUGGAGAGCAUAGUUUAUAUAUAAUCUUAGAGUGAUGCAUGGUCUGGAAAUCAUUUGAAAAACAUACCCUGUUUCCCCGAAAAUAAGACCUCCCUGGAUAAUAAGCCCAAUCAGGCUUUUGAGUGCAUGUGCUAAAAUAAGUCCUCCCUCAACACUAUCAAAUUAUUUGCUAAGGCUACAUUAGUAUUACUAUUACUCUUCUCACCGUUCCUAUCACCCAUCUCCUUCCACUAUGACUGCGUGACUGUAAACUUUGUUGCUUGUAUCCUUACGAUUUAUAUUGAUAUUGAUUGUUUCCGGAUUGCUUAUUUGUAUCCUAUGACUAUCGUUAAGUGUUGUUACCUUAUAAUUCUUGACGAAUGUAUCUUUUCUUUUUAUGUACACUGAGAGCCUAUGCACCAAGACAAAUUCCUUGUGUGUCCAAUCACACUUGGCCAAUAAAGAAUUCUAUUCUAUUCUAUUCUAUUCUAUUCUAUUCUAUUCUAUUCUAUUCUAUCAGUAAAAAUGGUCAACAGAGACUGUAUUUCCAUAACACAUUUACUCAGUGGCAUAUGCAUUAGAUAUUGAGUUAGUGUCAGCCUUGAGUAGCAUAUUAUGCAGGUACAACUGACUUGGUUAGCUUAUUGUUUAAUGAGUAGCCUGCAAAUGUAUUUUAAGGGUUUUCAAAAUUGGCAGAAGGACUUUGAAAUCAAUAGCACAAGUCCUGAUAGGAGCUAUAGAUGUGAAAGAUGAGCAGGCUGAGCUGGAAGAUGGGAUUAAACACGUCAUAAGUUUGGAAUCAUUGCACAGCCACAAAAGACCUAUGUCCACCACCACCACCACCACCACCCAUGAAUUCUGUGGACCCUUAUCUAGCACCAAUUUAACUUUCACCAUUAGUUAAUUAGAUUCUUGUGUGGAGGAAAUUAUAAUACAUUUUUCUGUGCUUUGAACUCAGUGAGUGUUCCUGUUUUUGCGCCUGACAAUAAGUGAGCGAAAACGAUCUGUACCUGUAUGUCAUUCAGAAAGAAGUGACAAAUGUUCCUGUAUUGCUUAAAUGCAAUCUAUCUUGAUCUUGUCUUUCUGUUAUUGAUUUCAAAUUAAUAAAUUUAUGCUGAGCCUGGAUAGCUCAGCAGACUAAUGCAUUGUAAUUUAACUCCAGUUGUCUGCAAUUAGUAAGUUCGAAUCUCGCCAGGCUCAAGGGUGACUCAGCCUUCCAUCCUUUCUAAGGUAGGUAAAUUGAGGACCCAGUUUGUGGGGGCAAUAAGCUGACUUUGUAAAAAUAUACAAAAGUAUGAAGGCUAUUGCUUAACGCAUUGUAAGCCAUCCUGAAUCUCUGGAGAAGGGCAGCAUAUAAAUCAAAUUAAAAAAGAAAAAACCACAAGGGGUGAUUUUAGCGCAAACCGAGACAACCCACAACCUCAUGGGCCAUUGCUCAUAAAAUUAUAAAACAAUGAUUUCUCAGAUAAUUGCACAUAGGCCUCAGGGGUGAAAUCUACUUACCUUGCUUAUCGGUUCAAAAGUGCAUGCACCGCCUGUGUGCGUCACAUACGUGCGCAGACCUUCUGCGCAUGUACAAAACAUUCUGCACAUGCGCAGAAGGUAAAAACACAUUACUUCCUGGUUAAAACCAGGAAGUAAUGACACCCGGGCGGGUGGGCGGAGCUUCACUCCACCGUUGCUACCGGAUUGCUGAACCAACAGCCAAGAUCGCUACCAGACCGGGCGAUUCGGUACAAUCCGGGAGCAUUUCACCCUUGAUAGGCCUGAAUACAAAAUGGAAUAUAGAGUAGGCCUCAACUGCAGUUUACACAUGAUUAUGCUUAGCCUUGUAAAAAAUAAACAAUCUAAAAAUUCAUCCAUUUGCAUCUUACUCAGCAUUAAAUUGUUUUUUUUUCCCCUACUGUAAAUUCAACAUCUAAGUCAGGGGUGGAGAACGAUGGCUCCCUUUAUGACUUGUGGACUUCAACUCCCAGAAUUCCUGGCUCAGGAAUUCUGGGAUUUGAAGUCCACAAGUCAUAAAGGGGGCCAUUGUUCCCCACUCCUGAUCUAGGUAUAUCUAUUCCAAAUAUAAUAGCACUUUGAGAACCGUUUUCAAUCCUUGGAUCUACAGGACGAAUUUAUUCUGUCGGUCAGAUUUUAAUAUGUCUGUCCUACAAAAGUGCUAAGCGAAGGAUGUUCUGUGUGGCUCUGGAAAACUGCUUUUUCCAGGCUGUUAGGAUAUGGUGUAAGUCUAACAAGUUGUCCAGGCAAUAUAUGUGUUCUAUAACUUUAAAUGUAUUCUGUAACUUUAAAUGUAAUGCUGAGUAAUUGUACUGCUGAGUCAUUGUAAUAACUAAUGACUGCUGACUGAAUGCUGACUGCAAUUAUCAUAAUUGUACUGUUGAGUCAUUGCACUGCUGAUUUCACUUAUCUUAAGUGGAUAAUUACUAGUAUAAACUGUAUAUAAGAAGGAAGCCGAGCUAUAGUCAUUGUUGGACCUGCUCUCAUCAUUGCUUGACUUGCUGCUUGACUUGUUGGUUGGAACUGUUACUGUCAUGUGUGAAGACAUGGAUGGAUAUGCUACCAUCGUGAUUUGUUACCAGCGUUGAAUUGCUGUUUAUUACCUACUGCUGUUUGUCUGGUAAGAAGAUAUCUGUAACUUCAGACUGAUUUGAAUGGCUAAAGACUUGGAUUGAUUAAAAAGACUAUGCAACUGUUUUUCACUACAAAGUAAAAGCUUAGUUAAACCA